GAACCGCAGCUCUCUUUUUCUUCUCACUGACACACAUGAACCACACCCUCGCACGUUCAAACUCGUAACUUUAUCCCCAAAACUCUUGCUCUCUCUCCUAUGUUCUCUUCUCUGCUACUCCACCACCACCACCACCACCACCAUGCCUCUUCUACUCUCAGCUUCACAACCUCCCCUACUCCCUCUCAUCCCACACAGUAAUAAAACUCUCAUCACACUUCCUAGAAAGCGCUUUGGUUUCGCUCCCAACACCUUAACAACCCCACCCUCUCUUCGUUCCAGGCGCAUUCUCCCUAAAUCUUCUGCUUCUUCCUCUUCUUCCAUCAACGGUGUUUCCCUUGAGGACAUUCCAGAACAUUCCAGAAACGAAGAAUCAACUUCUCCUACUCGGGAUGAGUUCCUUCUCCUCCAAACUCUCCGAACCUGGCUCCGCUUCCUCCCUUCCAUUCUCCCCGGUGGAUCCUGGUGGAACUUCGACGACGACAUCGAAAUCGAGCUACUGGCUCAGCCGGUUUCUGUCUGGCGCGCACUCGGCAAGAUGUGGCACCUCGUCGCGCGUGACCGCUGGAUCAUCUUCGCCGCCUUCACCGCUCUCAUUUUCGCGGCGGUUUCUGAGAUUUCAAUACCGCAUUUCUUGACGGCGUCGAUUUUCACGGCGCAGAGCGCGGAGAUUGCGGUUUUUCACCAGAAUGUGCGGCUUUUGGUUCUGUUGUGUGUGAUAUCGGGAAUAUGCAGUGGGAUAAGAGGUUGCUGUUUUGGCAUUGCAAACAUGAUUUUGGUUAAGAGAAUGAGAGAAACAUUAUACUCUUCCCUUAUUCUUCAGGAUAUAUCAUUUUUUGACUCUGAAACAGUUGGUGAUUUGACAAGUAGACUCGGGGCAGAUUGUCAACAAGUGUCUAGGGUUAUUGGAAAUGAUCUUAACUUGAUAUUGCGCAAUGUUCUUCAGGGGACAGGUUCAUUAAUCUACUUGGUGAUUUUGUCUUGGCCACUUGGUUUAUGUACGUUGAUGAUAUGCAUCCUGUUAGGAGCAGUUAUGGUACAUUAUGGAAGGUACCAGAAAAAGGCAGCAAGGUUGAUCCAAGAAGUCACUGCUUCUGCAAAUGAUGUAGCUCAAGAGACCUUGUCUCUCAUUCGAACUGUCCGUGUUUAUGGAACAGAAGAAGUAGAACAUGGAAGGUACAAAUGGUGGCUGGAGAAAUUAGCUGACAUAAGCCUGCGACAAAGUGCUGCAUAUGGGUUUUGGAAUUUAAGCUUCAAUGCUCUUUAUCAUUCAACUCAGGUUAUCGCUGUGCUGUUUGGAGGGAUGUCUAUUCUUGCUGGACAUAUUACUGCUGAGAAACUUACUAAGUUUAUACUAUACAGUGAAUGGCUAAUUUAUUCAACCUGGUGGGUGGGAGACAAUAUUUCCAAUUUGAUGCAAUCUGUUGGAGCUAGUGAAAAAGUAUUCCAUUUAAUGGAUCUCUUACCUAGCAGCCAAUUCACAGAAAGAGGAGUAAAGUUGCAGGGGUUGACGGGGCAAAUUGAGUUUCUAAAUGUAUCUUUUCGCUACCCUUCAAGGCCAACGGUAUCUGUGGUGCAACAUGUAAACUUUGUGGUCCAUCCCAGUGAGGUGGUUGCAAUUGUUGGUCUUAGUGGUAGCGGAAAAAGCACACUGGUGAACCUUUUGCUUCGUCUCUAUGAGCCGACAAGUGGCCAGAUUUUGGUAGAUGGCAUUCCUAUUAAAGACUUUGACAUCAUGUGGUGGAGAGGGAGAAUAGGAUAUGUUGGACAGGAACCCAAGCUUUUCCGGAUGGAUAUUAGUUCAAACAUCAGAUAUGGAUGUACUCGCGAUGUAACACAGGAGGAUGUUGAAUGGGCUGCAAAGGAGGCCUAUGCUCAUGAUUUCAUCACAGCACUUCCUAACGGUUAUGAAACAGUUGUUGACGACGAUCUAUUAAGUGGGGGUCAAAAGCAGCGAAUCGCUAUUGCUAGAGCCAUCCUUCGGGACCCAAAAAUAUUGAUCCUUGAUGAAGCCACCAGUGCACUGGAUGCUGAGAGUGAACAUAACGUCAAGGGUGUUCUUCGAUCCGUCAGAAGUGACUCUACAUCAAGGAGAAGUGUCAUAGUCAUUGCACACAGGCUUUCCACCAUACAAGCCGCUGACAGGAUUGUGGUAAUGGAUGGUGGUCAAGUUGUUGAGAUUGGAAGUCAUAGAGAACUUCUCCUAAAAGAUGGUUUAUAUGCUCGGUUGACUCGAAAACAGGCAGAUGCCAUGGCAUGAUUUUGGGGUUUCCAUUGCUGCUUGAUUCUUUAUUUUAAAAUGCAGUACAGUGGGGUAGCAACUUCUUUUUUUCAUGUCUUGCUGCCCAUGUAUUUAGUCUUACACAACAAUAUUAAGGUUUAGAGCAAAGAAGGAAGAAAUGAUAUUUGUUGCAGAAGUCUUGAUUCAAAAUGCUGAGGCAGCUCCACAGAAAAUCUCACCGGAUCAGAUUCUUAGAUGCGAUAGCAUGAAAACUAGCUCCACCAUUGGGCUACAUUGGAAUUCAAGAUGCUAGAUUAAGCUGCACUUUCUUUAUGCUGUUGGUAACAUGUAUUAUAUGUUCAUUUAUGUUGUAAUAUAAUUUCUUAACGUGUUAAAGCUAUUUGAUUUGAAUAAUACAGGAAUAUCCAAAUUCCAUCGAAAAAUUGAAUGAUCUAAUCAUGAAAGAAACUAGUGGUUUAUCCACCCCAAGUUUUGCUUAUAUGCAUC